UAGCUACGCUCUGCCUUGCCGUCAAGUCGCCUGCCGCACACGUGAAGACGCUUCGACUCACAAUGCAUGAAGACCGCCACGGCAGGCUCGGUCUUGGCUGCCACGACGGUGUGGUAGACCUGCUCGUCCCGGGCUCGCCAGCCGCAGAUGUGCUGCAGCUUGGUGACCGGGUGCUGCGAUGGAAUGGCGUCGAGAUGCACGAUGCCAAGACGGGAUCGUGGAAGCUUCUGCGAGACGUGAUACGGCCGUCGGAUUCCCACAGCGUUGUGGUGGAGCGACGGCUCGUUCCGGGCCUCCGGGCCGCAGAGCGCGACGCGCGGGGAGGCGGCGAACUGCGCGCGCCGGCAUCUCCACCAUUCGCAGCGCUGCUCGAAGACAUACACGCGUCGGGAGGGUUUGUGGGACCCAUCGUUGACAGCGUCAGCAGCGAUGGCCUGCGGGGCCUCAGCGUCAGCCGCGCCGUGGAGGCUGGCGCGCCGCUCCUGGCACUGCCUCCGGGCUCGUACCUGAGCGCUGCGUCCGACGAGUCUGCCGACGAGUCGGAGCUGCCGCUCGACCCGCCGCUGAAGCUCUUCGAGCGGCUCAUUCUCCGGACGCUGCGUGCGCGCGCCUCGGGUGCGCUGCCGUCUUACAUGGCGACGCUCCCCCAGUCGGUGGACCUGCUGCGCGACUGGUCCGACGACGAGCUCGCGCAGCUGCAGAGCGCGUCACUGCACGCGGCGGCGCUGUCGCAGCGCCAGCACCUUGGCAACACGUGCCGCCGUCUCCUGCCUCUCCUCGCGGCCUCGGAGCGGAGUCCUGCGAGCGACGCCGAGCGGCUCGAGGUGCUCGCUUGGGCGGAGUCGAUCGUCCGCUCGCGCGCACUUUCGAUCGCCGACCUAGCAACCAGCAGCCCCGAGCGGAUGCUGCUCCUCCUAGCGUUUGACUUGUGCAACCACCGCUCUCGUGUUCCCGCAAAGCGCCAGGCGACUUGUUCCAACCAGG